CAGCCCUGUACUAGGAGCGCGUUAUCUGCUAUUAGUUUACUCAGCCCAUCAGUUUCAAGAUGGCGAAUGUCUUGCUUCUCGCGGCUUUCCUUCUGUCCAGUAGUUUUCCUUCCCGAGCCCAGGACACCAGUAUAAUCAUCUCGACUGCCAACACCGAGGCACUCGAGAGUCAGCUCACAGAGACCAAGGAGGAAACGGGCCGCCUGAAAAAUGAAGUGGAUCGCCUGUCGUCGCUGGUGGAAACACUGCUGUCCAGGGUGGACAGUUUGUCUGAUGAACUGUCGGGGGAGAAAGUCAGGGGCGCACAGCUGGAACAGAACCUGACACGGCAGAUACAAAAACUAGAAGCGCGUCUCCAAACCCAGUGCUGCAGCGAGAUGGGGCCUUCCCCUCAAGGUGCGGAAACUACAGCAAACCCGAGAGUCACACAAGUCGGACUGGCAUCAACCACUGUAGCGGGGUCAUCUGGAGAUGCACAAGAGCUCAAGGCGGACUGUGCUGCAUAUAAAGCCUCCGGACAGACGACCAGUGGAGUCUACCCACUCGGCUCCCUCCCGUCCGGUGUGCAGGCCUACUGUGACAUGGAGACAGCAGGAGGCGGCUGGACUGUGAUCCAGCGGCGGCAGGACGGGUCGGUUCCCUUCAACCGGACCUGGGAGGAGUACAAACUGGGCUUUGGGAACAAGAGCGGGGAGUACUGGCUGGGGAAUGAGAACAUCCACCUCCUGACCAAUCAGAAGAAACAUACGCUGCGAAUUGAUCUUCAGGAUUGGGAAGAGAAUCAAACAUUCGCAGAAUAUAGCACCUUUAGGGUGUCCGGUGAGUCUGACGGGUACCGGCUGCACAUUUCCGGGUAUUCAGGCACCGCGGGAGACUCCAUGACCUACAACAACGGAGAGAGGUUCUCCACUGUGGACAGGGACAAUGAUGUCUAUAGCAACGGCCAUUGUUCUCAGCAGCACGGACAGGGCGGCUGGUGGUUUUGGCAGUGCAGCUACUCCAUUCUCAACGGCCGCUACCUGGGCAACUGUGGGAGCUCCUGUCCAGCUUAUCAAGGUGUGGUGUGGCACCACCGGAGAGGCGUGAGAUACUCUCUGAAGUCUGUGUCUAUGAAAAUCAGGGCAUCAUAAUUUCAGUUCUGUCUCCUAAGUCUAAUCAUAUCCAGUUGUGCACGAAAUAGUCUUUUUUUUACGUCCUGAAACAAAAAUUUCGGAUAAGAGAUCACCACUAAAUCAGAGUUCUGCGGUACCUACGACACAGUAGCCAAAAGUUACUGCUGAAGCAUUUGGGACAAAAGUUAUGAUAUCUACGGCGUUCUUUUAUUUACCUUGAGUACCUGAUCCUUACUUGAUAAAUAGUAACCGUAAGUGUUAUCUAUGAAGACAUCCAUGGAAACUAUAGUUUCCAAGCAGACG